GACGCAGGUCAAGAUCUGGUUCCAGAACCGCCGCUACAAGUGCAAGCGACAGCGCCAGGACAAGAACCUGGAGCUCACCACGGCCGCCGCCGCCGCCGCGGCCUCCAUGGCCUCCGUCACCUCCCCGCGCCGCGUCGCUGUGCCGGUCCUGGUCCGAGAUGGCAAGCCGUGCCCAGCAGGGUAUCCGCCUACCUACCCUCCUGCCUACACCCCCCCUCAGUACUCCCCCCCUGCCUACCAGUGCCCCUACAGUGCCCAGACAUACCAACAGACACAGACGUAUAACCAGCAGACACUUCGCACGUGGUGAAGAUGAGGAGGGGGUGAAUAAGGAAGGGAAGGAGGAGAAGGAAGGGAGAGAAGAAGAAAUGAGGAGAAAAAAGGAAGAGAAGAAGGAAUGAAGAGAAGAAGGAAGAGAAGAAAAAACGAAGAGAAGAAGGAAGGAAGAGACAAAGGAAAGAAGAGAAAAAGAAGGAAAGAGAAAAAGAAAAGAAAGAGAACCUGAGAAGGAAAGAAAAGAGAUAAGAAGCCUAAUGUGUUCAAUAAUUGAGAUUGCCGGGAAUGUGUUCACUCGUGGCGACUGUUCAGCGUCGGAGAGAACGCGGAGGAAAAGGAAGAGAGAGAGA